CACAAUUUAGACACGCUCCCUCUAGCGGUCGAGAGCGGACGCCCUCGAUGGUGAUCAUGGACCACUACGCAGACCACGCCUCCGCUACGAGGCCUAGCAUCACCACCACCUCUACGCCGCGCAUCCUCCACCCUCCUGCUGUCACGGCUGCUCCUCCUGCUGCUCACGACCUCGACAACCUCCAUACCACCUCCGCUCACGCCCCCUUCGAGCGCGACUCCCUCCUCCACUACUCCUCCAGCAACUACGACUCCAGCGGCGCCGCCUCGCCCGCCGUCACCGUCGCCCACGCGACAGAAGCUCCGCCAGCUACAGGCCUCGCCGCGCGCAAGAAGACUUCUCUCGCGGCCAUCAACGCGCCUUCCUUCUCCGCAUUCCGCUCACAAGUCCCGAGCACUGUCCGUCCGAACGGUCAUCUCGCAGCAUUCCAGCAAGCCAAGUCGCCUCGUGCCGCUUCGUUUUCCAUAGCCGAGAAGGCAUCCCCGCGGCUUGCCGACCCGCAUUGGAGGCCAUACUCGCUGGACAGUCCACUGCCAGUGCAGACAACACCACACGCCCACCGGCGGCAGAGCAGUGAGGUCGCAGGACCCCUGUUCGGCCACGAGGCAGUCCACGCGCGCGACGACCUUGACAGGUCGUCGUACACAAUCCCCGCUGGGUACUCGACCCACGACCGCAGUGCGUCAAUAGACUCGCACAUAGCCAGCACUGUACCCUCUUCGGCGUACAGUAGCCCACGGCCCUCCAGUCCCCCCUUUCACGCGAAGCAUGAUAACACGAUUUCCCACGCACAUAAGCAUUCAAUUGCCAGUAUUGAUAGUAACGAACAACAAUUUUCCGAUUCGGGAGCAAGCAGGCGAUCAUCCAUGCUUUCACUAAGCAAAGCACCCACAAUGACUCUGCAAAUGGACGGCGUACAGAGGAGGCUGACAGAUGAGGAGCUUGAAGCCUAUUCGCAAGGCUCGGCUGGGUCUAUAAAGCGACCCAAAUCACCCACAGGCGCGGGAGGCCUGGGGAGAUUCUUUGGGUGGAAUGGAUCAGGAGGGACUGAAGGCACGUCGUCUCCCACCACUACAUUCUCAGAUCGGUCCCUUUCCCCUAUACCAUCUCCCGGCGUGGCUAAAACCUUGCCCAUCGAGAUGGCGGGGGAACGAGUAUACGCUCGGCUGACUCCGCCAGGCCUGGACGUGCACAAAGCGAAUGCCUCGUACUUCCACAAUCCGGACACUCCUUUGCUGCUGGGUGACAGUGCUUCGAAUGCCCAUGUCCGCGAACUGGAACGAGAGCUGAAGCACAUCAGCGAGGAGCUCGCGAAUUCGAUACGACGGGAGAUGGAAUUGGAGGAUGAGCUCGAUCACGUACGGGCUGAGAUGCCCAUCAUUCCACAAUCCGAGAUCGGAGGACGACGAAGUAGCGACUACUUCUCAGACAGUGGUGCUAGCUCGACAAAAUUCCCAAUCACCGACGUCGAUGCGAGGCUCGAGCAAUUGGACAAGAAGGUCCGCAGGGUUGAGCAAGAGAAGGCAAACAUCAAAUUGGAGAUGGCUUCGAAACUGCAGAUCGAGCUGAAUAGGAGACGAGACUUGGAAGAAUUGGUCAGGGAUCUGGAAGAUCAAUUGGACAAGAAAGAGAAUCAGCAGGACCUGGUCGUUAAGGUGAACGAGCUGGAAAGUACCCUUGACGAGACUAGGAGGCGUUUGGGGCAAGAGAAGAUGACCAAGGAGAACUUUGAAGAUCUCUACAGUGCCACUAUGGAGGAGCUGAAGAGGUUCCGCAACGAGGCGGAGAACCUGCGAAACGAGGUGGUUCCAUCACUGAAGUCCCGCCUGGAGGGUCUCGAGGCAGAGGCUGCAGACAACCAGGCCGUCGUUUACGAGAACUCGCGCUUGCAACAGGAACUUGCUCACCUGAAGGGCGACAGCCGUCACUCUCGAUUCAACAGCAUCGCCGAGGAAGGAGUGGCGAAUGCUGGCCGUAUGAGCAUGCACCGAUCUGGUUCGCUAGCAAGGAAUGGCAGUCUGCGUCGUGUCGGAUCGAUCAAGAAUGACCGUGCUGGUGCCACUCGAGAACGCGCUGGAUCUCUUGACGGCGACAAAGACACGAUCGAUCAGAGAGACGCCCUCCACAAGGCUCUGCAGCUUCUCAUCAAGCGUUACGACAGACAACAAAAGGAGCACGAGCGCGCCAUGAAGAAGAUCGUUGCCGCGAAAGACAAGGCUGAGAGCUCCACGCCAAGGCGAGCGGUGUACGCAAAAGAGGUUUCCUUCCUGAAGGCCGAAGUCUCAACCCUUCGGAAACGUACUGAAGAUGCUCUUGAGCAGAAAUGGCAGUACGAGAAGAAUCUGGGUGGACUGAAGAUGGACCUGGAUCGUGCCGAACAGGAGACUCGCGGCCUUCGAAACAUGCUGUCAGAUCGGGACGACCUUGGACCCUCCAGUCCUUCAGGAGGCCCUGAAGAUGACAGUCAGCUCAAGUUGACCAUCUCGCGCGCGGAAAAUGAACGAGAUCAUGCCAAGCAGGUUGCUAAUGACUACCGCGAGAGGGCGAAGGGAGCGGAUCCCGAGGCUGCGAAAGAACUGAUGGCCUCAGCUGCUCGAAUGGACGAGCUUGCUGUGGCACUCGAGGCACAAGUUCAAGCCAACACCAAGCUGCGCGAGCGACUCGCAGCGGCCAUUGCGAAGGGUGAGAAGGAACAGAAACUGUCCACGAAAAGGAUAGAAGAGAUGCAGAAACGUCUCGCUGGCAUGGAAGACAGCGUCCUUGCAGCGCAACAGCACUCCGAGACCACGCUCGCCAACCACGAUGCCCAAGUCAAGCGCAUCGACGAAGCCGAUACCCCAGCCCUCUCACGUCUCACCAUCACCAUUCCUGAUUCGAGCAAACUUUCGCCCGUUUCUCCUCUCCUGCGGGUCAGCCCCAAACUGGGAAGCAAGAAACUCAGCGACACUUCUCUACUCGAAAUGAGCCGCACCCAACUGCUUGAGCGCAAGGUGCGAGAAUUGGAAGGCUUGUUGCGUGAAGCGGAAGAGGAUGUGCAGCACGUUGUCGAAAGGGUCAACUCCAGCCAGAUGGAAGUUGCGGAGCUACAGACUGAGCGUGACGCUGCCUUUACGCAAAUGCGCAAGUUGCAGGCGCAGAUUGUGGAAGAGAGGGAGAGGGCUGAGAAGUUUACGAAGUGAGCUUGACCUUUCCGCUCGCUAAUACGUGGAACUCUUCUGGACUCAUGAAGCACUGAUGAUCGAAACAAAUAUUGGACACUACUCACCUGCAUUUCUGGAUUUUGGGGCCUCGAUCGAGGCUAUUGUACGCUUCUUUGCCCUGGCUUUUACUAUGAUACACAUAUCUCAAUGGCGUCACAUGCGGCGAAGAAUCGCAUUGGAUUGCGAUUCGACUGGAUUAUCUUUGGAGCAACUACUAUUACUUACGACCGGACUGGAAAUGGACUUCGUCCGGGUCGUUGGUGUGGCAUCUUUGGGCAUCUUAUCGGGGUUGGGGCAUAUGACACCAUAGAUGGGGAUAUGGCGAUCACUACUACUUACUAUUACCGCUUACUACUUAGAGAUACCAACAAUUUAGAGGAAAGAGAAAGAGAUUCGAGGGGAAGAAAAGAGAAGAGGAAGGACAAAGCGAGAAA